GCGCGUGUGUCUGCCGUCGCCUCCUCCUCGCGGAGCGGAGGGGCUCCCACUUGUGAAACGGCCAGCACGCGCGAGGCGCCCCGCCGCAGCCGGACCCGGACGGGCUGCUGUGCAUGUGCUGUCCUCCCCUUUUUCUAAAUUUUUUUUAAAAAUUUAUUUAUUUCCAGUUUAUUCUGGGCCUGUGUGGAAUAGAAAGACAGUUCUCUGCCUGACUGGAGGAGAGAAAAGAGAAGACUCCUCGGGGUUUCCAAGGAGCAAUGGAGCGGCUGCUUCAGUGAAGAAAUAAAGCAUCAAAGAAGUAAAGGACCUUGGCUCACAGUCACCUUGCUAGGAAAUCUCGAGGAGUUUGACACUUUUCAUCCUCCAGCCAUUAAUCAUCCUGUGGGGGUAGACACUACACUGGUGGGAGUGAAAGGCACGCGGUUCCUGGCCCGCAGCGUCGCAGCUGAGGGGUGAGAGCCGCAGCAUGCUGGCUCCAGCCCUGAGGGCAGUCAUGGGCUUCGGCUCCAGGUUCCUAUCCUGAGACCAUAGCAGUAUGUGCCUUGGACAAAGGCGUGGUCAUCUGGAUCAGCUGGUGACUUCAAAAACCUGGUCUCAGGGUGGUGAACCUUUUCUUUGAAUUCCUAACCUGUGAUUUUACGAUAAUGGUGCCUAUCCAUUGACUAGACAACUCUGGUGUUAAACUUCUUGGGGCCAGGCACUGUGUCUGCAAACGCCUACGGUGGCGAACGCAAAGGAGACGUCUGGUGAACACCCGUGGGAUCUAAAGAAAAAGCUCUGAAAGGGUUCCAGCUGAAAUUUCAGACCGGACAGACUUGCUGUGGCUUCGGAGGCAGUGAAUCCAAGCUGCCAGCGCAUGCUGUUGCCAAGCUGCAGGAUGGUGCACGUAGCCAGGCCGUUGUUGCUGUUCCUCGCCUUCUUCCUCCGGGCCAAUGCUGAGACACCUCCAAGGUUUACAAGAACUCCCGUCGAUCAGACAGGGGUCUCUGGUGGAGUUGCGUCUUUCAUUUGUCAAGCUAUGGGAGACCCAAGGCCUAAAAUUGUCUGGAACAAAAAAGGAAAGAAAGUCAGCAAUCAGAGAUUUGAGGUAAUAGAAUUUGAUGAUGGAUCUGGAUCAGUUCUCAGAAUACAACCCUUGCGGACUCCACGGGAUGAGGCUAUUUAUGAAUGCGUGGCUUCCAACAAUGUAGGAGAAAUAAGUGUCUCCACCAGACUCACAGUUUUACGUGAGGAUCAGAUUCCCAGGGGUUUCCCUACCAUUGACAUGGGCCCGCAGCUGAAGGUGGUCGAGCGUACACGCACGGCCACCAUGCUGUGCGCAGCCAGUGGCAAUCCGGAUCCAGAAAUCACUUGGUUUAAAGAUUUCCUGCCCGUCGACACAAGCAACAACAACGGUCGUAUUAAGCAGUUACGAUCAGAAUCUAUUGGUGGUACACCAAUAAGAGGAGCCCUUCAGAUCGAGCAGAGUGAAGAAUCUGAUCAAGGAAAAUAUGAGUGUGUUGCCACCAACAGCGCGGGCACUCGCUAUUCUGCCCCUGCCAAUUUAUAUGUCAGAGAGCUGCGAGAAGUUCGCCGUGUCCCACCCAGAUUCUCUAUCCCACCCACUAAUCAUGAGAUCAUGCCGGGUGGAAGCGUUAAUAUCACCUGUGUGGCAGUGGGGUCACCGAUGCCUUAUGUGAAGUGGAUGUUGGGGGCAGAAGACCUGACACCUGAAGAUGAUAUGCCAAUAGGAAGAAAUGUCCUAGAACUGAAUGAUGUAAGACAGUCGGCAAAUUAUACCUGCGUUGCUAUGUCAACACUGGGUGUCAUUGAAGCAAUAGCACAGAUCACUGUCAAAGCCUUACCCAAGCCUCCAGGAACUCCAGUGGUGACUGAGAGCACAGCCACAAGCAUCACCCUGACGUGGGACUCGGGGAACCCCGAGCCUGUCUCUUACUACAUCAUCCAGCAUAAACCCAAAAACUCUGAGGAACCAUACAAAGAAAUCGAUGGGGUGGCAACCACACGCUACAGUGUUGCUGGACUCAGUCCCUACUCGGAUUAUGAAUUCAGGGUGGUUGCUGUCAACAACAUCGGGCGAGGGCCUCCCAGUGAGCCUGUGCUGACGCAGACCUCAGAGCAAGCGCCAUCCAGUGCCCCCAGGGAUGUCCAGGCACGGAUGCUGAGUUCUACCACCAUUUUGGUACAGUGGAAGGAACCCGAGGAGCCAAAUGGACAGAUCCAAGGGUACAGAGUUUAUUACACAAUGGAUCCUACUCAGCAUGUCAACAACUGGAUGAAACACAACGUAGCUGACAGCCAAAUCACUACUAUAGGCAAUUUAGUACCCCAAAAAACAUACUCCGUCAAAGUCCUGGCUUUUACCUCAAUUGGAGAUGGUCCUCUUUCCAGUGACAUACAAGUCAUCACUCAGACGGGAGUGCCAGGGCAGCCAUUAAACUUCAGAGCAGAACCAGAAUCUGAAACAAGUAUUUUGCUUUCUUGGACACCUCCACGUUCUGACACCAUCGCCAGCUAUGAACUAGUCUACAAGGACGGGGAGCAUGGAGAGGAGCAGCGAAUCGCUAUUGAGCCAGGGACAUCAUACAGGCUGCAAGGGCUGAAACCAAACAGCCUGUACUACUUCCGUCUGGCUGCACGCUCUCCGCAAGGCCUUGGUGCUUCUACAGCUGAAAUAUCAGCUAGAACCAUGCAAUCAAAGCCAUCAGCUCCUCCUCAAGACAUUAGUUGUACCAGCCCAAGUUCCACUAGUAUUUUGGUAAGUUGGCAGCCUCCGCCAGUGGAAAAGCAGAAUGGCAUUAUUACUGAAUACUCCAUCAAGUACACUGCAGCGGAUGGGGAAGAUGACAAGCCUCACGAGAUUUUGGGAAUUCCUUCGGAUACUACCAAGUACCUUUUGGAACAGCUGGAAAAAUGGACUGAAUACCGGAUCACUGUGACUGCCCACACAGAUGUCGGCCCCGGCCCCGAGAGCUUGUCCGUGUUGAUUCGAACCGAUGAAGAUGUUCCUAGUGGUCCUCCUCGCAAAGUCGAGGUAGAGGCUGUCAACUCAACAUCUGUUAAAGUCUCAUGGCGCUCCCCGGUGCCCAAUAAACAGCAUGGCCAGAUAAGAGGAUACCAGGUGCAUUAUGUGAGGAUGGAAAACGGUGAGCCCAAGGGCCAGCCCAUGCUGAAGGAUGUCAUGCUGGCUGAUGCACAGUGGGAAUUUGAUGAUACUACUGAACAUGACAUGAUCAUUUCUGGGCUACAGCCUGAAACGUCUUACUCCCUGACUGUCACAGCCUACACCACGAAAGGAGAUGGCGCUCGCAGCAAACCCAAGCUGGUGUCCACCACUGGGGCAGUUCCAGGGAAACCCCGGCUUGUGAUUAACCACACUCAAAUGAAUACUGCUCUCAUUCAGUGGCACCCUCCUGUGGACACAUUUGGACCCCUUCAGGGCUAUCGUCUAAAAUUUGGCCGCAAGGAUAUGGAGCCACUCACUACUCUUGAGUUCUCUGAAAAAGAAGAUCAUUUCACAGCUACAGACAUCCACAAAGGAGCAUCAUAUGUCUUCAGGCUCUCAGCCAGAAACAAAGUGGGCUUUGGAGAUGAGAUGGUGAAAGAAAUUUCUGUUCCAGAAGAAGUUCCAAGUGGAUUCCCUCAAAACCUCCACUCAGAAGGCGCUACUUCAACCUCCGUCCAGUUAUCAUGGCAGCCACCUGUCCUGGCAGAGAGAAAUGGCGUUAUCACCAAGUAUACCCUUCUAUAUAGGGAUAUCAACAUACCCCUUCUUCCAAUGGAGCAGCUUAUUGUUCCAGCCGAUACCUCUGUGACACUCACUGGCUUAAAACCAGAUACCACAUAUGAUGUAAAAGUACGUGCUCACACGAGCAAAGGGCCCGGGCCAUAUAGUCCCAGUGUCCAGUUCAGGACACUACCUGUGGAUCAAGCAGUGUUUGCAAAAAAUUUUCAUGUCAAAGCAGUAAUGAAGACUUCAGUGUUACUGUCUUGGGAGAUUCCAGAGAAUUAUAACUCUGCCAUGCCUUUCAAAAUUCUUUACGAUGAUGGAAAAAUGGUGGAAGAAGUGGAUGGCCGUGCCACACAGAAGUUAAUUGUCAACCUGAAGCCGGAGAAGUCCUAUUCGUUUGUGCUAACAAAUCGUGGGAACAGUGCUGGUGGGCUGCAGCACAGGGUAACAGCAAAGACGGCACCUGAUGUCCUCCGCACCAAGCCUGCCUUCAUUGGGAAGACCAACUUGGAUGGCAUGAUUACUGUGCAACUGCCUGAAGUUCCUGCCAAUGAGAAUAUAAAAGGUUACUACAUAAUAAUUGUGCCUUUGAAGAAAUCUCGUGGGAAAUUUAUCAAGCCAUGGGAGAGUCCAGAUGAAAUGGAAUUAGAUGAGCUACUUAAGGAGAUAUCUAGGAGACGCAGAAGCAUUCGUUAUGGGCGAGAAGUUGAAUUAAAGCCAUAUAUCGCAGCUCACUUUGAUGUCCUUCCCACUGAGUUUACCCUGGGGGAUGACAAACAUUACGGUGGAUUUACAAACAAGCAACUCCAGAGUGGUCAAGAAUACGUCUUCUUUGUGUUAGCCGUGAUGGAGCAUGCAGAGUCUAAGAUGUAUGCAACCAGCCCCUACUCUGACCCUGUCGUGUCGAUGGAUCUGGAUCCGCAGCCAAUCACAGAUGAAGAAGAGGGCUUGAUCUGGGUCGUAGGUCCUGUCCUUGCUGUGGUCUUUAUCAUUUGCAUUGUCAUUGCUAUUCUUCUUUAUAAAAGUAAACCUGACAGGAAGAGGGCCGAGUCUGAGUCUAGAAAGAGCAGUAUACCGAACAGUAAGGAGGUUCCCUCACACCAUCCAACAGACCCCGUAGAACUGAGGCGCCUUAACUUUCAAACACCAGGUUCAGAUGAUUCCGGUUACCCUGGUAACCCUCAUUCUUCAAGUAUGGCCAGCCAUCCCCCAAUACCUAUCUUGGAACUUGCCGAUCACAUUGAAAGGUUGAAAGCCAAUGACAACUUGAAGUUUUCCCAGGAAUAUGAGUCAAUUGACCCUGGCCAGCAGUUCACAUGGGAGCAUUCAAACUUGGAAGUAAACAAACCAAAGAAUAGAUAUGCAAACGUAAUUGCAUAUGAUCAUUCUCGAGUUCUCCUAUCGGCAAUAGAAGGAAUCCCAGGGAGUGACUAUGUGAAUGCCAACUACAUAGAUGGCUAUCGGAAACAAAAUGCCUAUAUUGCAACACAAGGAUCUCUUCCUGAGACAUUUGGGGACUUCUGGAGAAUGAUAUGGGAGCAGCGGAGUGCCACAGUUGUCAUGAUGACCAAACUAGAAGAGAGAUCCAGGGUGAAGUGUGACCAAUAUUGGCCUACCAGAGGCACAGAGACCCACGGACUAGUCCAGGUGACGCUGCUGGACACUGUGGAGCUGGCCACAUACUGCGUGCGAACAUUUGCACUUUACAAGAAUGGUUCAAGUGAGAAGAGAGAAGUGAGACAAUUCCAGUUCACUGCUUGGCCUGAUCAUGGUGUUCCAGAGCACCCCACGCCUUUUCUGGCUUUCUUACGGAGAGUCAAAACCUGUAACCCUCCUGAUGCAGGUCCGAUGGUUGUGCAUUGCAGUGCGGGAGUUGGCCGGACUGGUUGUUUCAUUGUAAUAGAUGCCAUGUUAGAAAGAAUAAAGCAUGAAAAAACUGUAGAUAUUUAUGGCCAUGUAACUUUAAUGAGAGCCCAGAGGAAUUACAUGGUUCAAACAGAAGACCAAUACAUCUUUAUCCACGAUGCACUGUUAGAAGCGGUGACCUGUGGAAAUACCGAAGUGCCAGCUAGAAACUUGUAUGCCUACAUCCAGAAGCUGACACAGAUAGAAGCAGGGGAGAAUGUCACGGGAAUGGAGCUCGAAUUUAAGCGUCUAGCCAGCUCAAAAGCUCACACCUCAAGAUUCAUCAGUGCCAAUCUUCCAUGUAAUAAAUUCAAAAAUCGCCUUGUUAAUAUUAUGCCAUAUGAAUCCACAAGGGUGUGCCUACAGCCUAUCCGCGGAGUAGAAGGAUCUGACUACAUCAACGCCAGUUUUAUUGAUGGAUACAGACAACAGAAAGCAUACAUUGCUACCCAGGGCCCCUUGGCAGAGACCACGGAAGACUUCUGGCGGAUGCUUUGGGAACACAAUUCCACCAUAGUUGUAAUGCUCACCAAGCUGCGUGAAAUGGGAAGAGAGAAGUGUCACCAAUACUGGCCAGCAGAACGAUCUGCAAGAUACCAGUAUUUUGUCGUAGAUCCCAUGGCUGAAUACAACAUGCCACAGUAUAUCCUAAGAGAAUUCAAGGUCACAGAUGCCAGGGAUGGCCAGUCCCGAACCGUGAGGCAGUUCCAGUUCACUGACUGGCCAGAGCAAGGAGUGCCAAAGUCUGGAGAAGGAUUUAUUGACUUCAUUGGCCAAGUCCAUAAAACAAAAGAACAGUUUGGCCAAGAUGGACCCAUUUCAGUUCAUUGCAGUGCGGGAGUUGGAAGAACUGGUGUCUUCAUAACACUGAGCAUUGUUUUGGAAAGAAUGAGAUAUGAAGGCGUUGUAGAUAUUUUCCAGACCGUCAAAAUGUUAAGAACACAACGGCCAGCCAUGGUACAGACAGAGGAUCAAUACCAGUUUUGCUACCGAGCCGCACUAGAGUACCUGGGCAGCUUUGAUCACUAUGCAACGUAGAAACCCCUGACCCCUUCUGGAUUUUUACUACAGGCCCUUCAAUAUCCAUGGAGUCUCUUCUGAGCCAUACAGGGCACUUGAGAAGUCCUUCUUAACUUCUAACUAACAACCACUUAGUGGGACUAUUACAUACAACCAAUUAAAAACAAACUAUUCCAGGUGGACCAAGAAUUCAGUUUAAUAAUCUAACCUGAAAAAUAAUAGAGAAUCCUGACUUACGAGGUAUCUGAAGGAUUUUAUUUACAGAUACCUCAAGGAUUCAACAUAAAGGGAAGAAGAAACCACAGCAAAGAACCACCAUCUUGUUUGAGAUUGUUUGACAGGUACUAAGAGAAAGCGCCAGAGUGCUACAGUUCAGUGCAAGAUGUUUGCUGGUGUAGCUUCUCAGAAUGAAAUGGACUCUGCUCCGACCUUGCCCCUACCCACCAUACCGCUCAUAAUAAGAUUUUAACAGUAAAGGUGGGGAAUGUUUAAAAAGAAAGCCCUUGAUUUAGUUUUCUAGUAUUGUAAAGAUACUGCUGCCCUCUACUUCAUUUCUAACCGUGUAUACUUUUUUUUAACAAAAUGUAUCAUUCGAUAAAGUGAAUUUUAAAAACAAAGUUACAUAACUCUUCAUUUUUUAUUUCCAAACUGUAGGUUUUUUUAAGCUGUAGAACUGUUAUCUGUAAUAUCUUGCUGUAGAAAUAUCAAAUAAUUUGAAACUUUGCACAUUUUUGUGCAAUACUCUUUAAUCUACAGUUUUGCUCUCAUCAGAUAUUACUUUAACACUUUGGUUUGAAUUAAUGAAAAAGUACCCAUUCUCUUUAAAUGGUCAAAGAGAAUUUAAUUUUGUUUUGCUUUUGGAAUCAACAGGGAGGCGCAAAGUAUAAAGUUGCUGCUAACAUAUAUACAUAUAUAUCCAUAUUUUGUAAGGGUGUCUAUGUAUAUAUAGACAGUGUGUCCACACAAAAGUUAGAUUUAGCUAUCAUUCAGUUCUUUCAUGAUUUAGUUUUUUUUAAGAGUAGAAAAGCUAUUAUAAACAUCUUUUUCAAUUCUUAAUUUUAUGACAUAUUGGGAUUUCUUAAUAUCGCAAAAUUUUAAUUUUCUAAAGGGAAAUGAGGAAUGCACAUCAGUGAUUGUCAAACCUCACCCCCUAGUUUCCAAUUCAAUCUCCCCACACCCACGCAGUCAUGUUCACAAAUACCAUUUUGUUAGCCAGGUUUCCAACCAAGUUCAAUAUUCCUAACAAUCUAGUGCAAUAAAAAAUUAUUAAAUAUCUAAGAGGUGUGCAUGUGGGAAAGGUCAGUGCAUAACCCUUUAGGAGGGGAGAAUGUUGUAAUAUAUCAGCUAUCAAGUUGUUUAAAAAAGUGUAUUCACUCAUAUAUUGUCUAUAGUAUGUGCUAUGAAAUUUGCAUUUAUGAUAUGUAACAGGGGCAAAGCCAAACUCAUUUUACUCUGUUCGGUAAGAAACAUUUUGUGGCAUACAGCAUUCCUGGGAAGUGCUGUACUUUGUUUUCUUUUGGUUUUAGUUCUGCAUUUAGAGUGCCUUAUAAUUGAUGCCUAUUUUAAUAGCAUUUCUUUUUAGCUUUGGGUUCCUAUUGCCAUUAGUUGUUCAUAUCUGUUACCCUCUCAAUUAAAGCAUUAAAUGUUUACCACA